AUUGUUCAUGAUCAUGUGACCUCGACGCGUAAAUAGUGUCGACCCCUUCGGGGGUGGUUGAUAAUGGAUGCCGAUCUAAUGCCUUGACUUCUCGAGAACUGAUCCGGAAUUGGUUUUCUCUCAGCUCGUCCAGCUCGUCAACGUUUGCUGGUAUCAGCGCACGAGUAUUGUUGCCAUCGUGCAGGUUCAGUUCUAGGGUCGUGACGAUCUGUUUCUACAGUCCCCGUGCCUUGUAAGCUACAGGAACGCGGCGGGUAUAUAUGCAACGAGACGAGUUCGAUCCAGCCCUUUUUAUUUGACGGAGUGACCUCAGGGCAUCUGGCGAGAGAUGCAUUCCUUCCUCUCUCACAUCCGAGGCAGAGCCAUUAGCCAUCCCGCCGUUUUACCUCUCCAACCAGAAAACUCCUGCAUCGUCCCACCCACUCCUGCGCUCAGCUAUGGUGUGGAUUCAACAGUCGAAACCUCCCCAGCAGUGCGUUAUAACAUCGACCAGAGGAUUCUCGAGAACCCGAGUUCAUACUUGGACAUGGAUGAUACAGAAUCCCUACCUCACAGUCUGAGUCCCAGCACUCGGAAACACGCUGUAGAUGAUAGCAGCUGGGGGCUUCGUAAUACCCAGCGGGAAAAAAUCAUUUCCGAGAGCGUUUGUGAAGUGGACGAACCUGGCUUGUCGGCCCAUGAAAUAACUCCAAGCCAGUCGAACCGCCUAGAUGCAGCUGGGGACUGGUCCACGUUUGGUCGCCAACGAGUGGGCAGUUCUCCAAUGGUACCAGAAUUUGCAGACCAUAGUUCCACUAAAGGCACUACCAGACGAAUCUCAUAUUCUCCUUCGCUCAAGAGAAAUAACAGCAAUAAGAAUGGCAAAGGUCCCGGCUCGACCAGAAGCUCGCAUUCUGUCACGACCGACAUAUCAGCACAAAGGAACAACAACGGACGCACGUUAACGAUACCCGACAACAAUUAUGCCAGCAGCUCAUCCAUCCAGUCCAAAUCAUCGCCAACAGAUACGGUGUCUUCCAGACGGCAUCCACGAACACCCAACAGACCACGAUCCAACACAUCCCCAACAACUCGCUCCACCGCAUAUCUCACCACACCCAUCCUUCGCGAGCUAGGAUUCGAUUCUCCCGGAACAUUUGGCCAUCCGACACCCGAGAACCGGUCCACGUUUACGUUUACAUAUCCAUCACCCCCACCCCCUCUGCCCCCCCUGGACCACCCGGCUUUGUCAUCUCGCCUCAAGGACAAGAACGCCACUGGUACUAGUAUUACUCCCACAGCAUCAGGUUUCCCAGACGGAUCCAACUCAUUUCCCAAACGCUCAUCGCGGAUCCCAUCUGGCAUUGGUGAUGAUUUCUUUGCAUCCCUAUCAAUGACGUUUGGCCGUUCUGUACGACAUUCUGCAAGCCUUCCGAAGGUGCAGGAUAUCUUUCCUUCUGUCUCGGAAGAGCAGCCUGCUACACAACGACCCCGUGCGCGAACAAUCUCUGACCGUGAAAAAGCUCGACGUUGUAGACGCAACAGUGCCUCUUGGAGUGCACAACAAGCUACAGAAGGUGUCACAUCGACUUCAAAUACCGAAUGGCCCGCAGAGGUAUCGCGCGAAAUCUUGCGUCUUUCGUUGGGUGAAGGGUUAGACCUCGUCAACUGGCCAUCGGUACCCCAGAGUGGUGUCCCGGGUCCGGGGUCCCAAACACGCGGUGACAGCGUGGCGCCAUUUCCUAAUCAAGCGCCCAUAUCGCGAUCAUUUUCACCCUCACCUUCAUCACCUCUUCGACCACGCUCCCCAGUUCUCCAAGGUAAGUCUAGUUCUUACGGCAUUAAGAUCUUUGCAUUGUUCCUCAGAUUCCGGAUUCCGCAUCUUUUCUCUCUUCUUUUCAUCCAUUCAUGUACUUUCUUAUGCGUUCGUUUCAGUCGCUCGUUUCAGCCACUCAUUCAUUUGUUCUAGGCGGGGAACGUACGUCCCCAUCUCCGUCCCCAUCUCCGUCUCCAUCUCCAUCUCCUCCUCCCCCGACAAAGCACCGCCGCCCAGUAAGCUACGCAGACCCGCGCAUGUCUACUAAACCCAAUGCUAUUCGGCUCCCUUCGGAUGGCGCCGCCUCGCCAAACCAUUCCUCGUCAAGACUAGACGCUCCCGUAGAUCCAAGCAAAACACAAAGCCGCCCCUCGCCUCAGUCUCAAUUUCUCCUCCCUCCCUCCACCACUCCCACACCCGCACGUCCUUCCCGCUCAAUCACCAUGGAUCCCAGUACCCCAACCCCCGUGAGCCGCAACGGCAACGUGAGCGAUAAGACCCAAGGCAAACGCAAGGCCGAAGAUAUCGAUACUACACCGCCUGAGC